CAUAUUGAAGAUCAGAGCUUCUUUGUUGCAAAAUAAUGCAAAUGUCUUCUUACUGGACCGCGUUGGAGCGAUCCGAUCGAGUAUAAAACGCCGGCCGCUUGUUUGAUAACCACAGUUACACAUCGUCUGUUAACUUUGACACACUCAACAUGAAAUCCUUCGUAGCCGUCCUUGCUCUGAUCGCGGUGGUGUCCGCCGAUGUGUCCCACCUCCGCAGACAGUCCGGCGGUCCGGACGCGGACGCCCAGGUGCUCCGACAGGACGCCGACGUCCGUCCUGAUGGAUACCAAUACGCGUACGAGACCAGCAACGGCAUCGCCGCCCAGGAAGCCGGACAACUGAAGAACGUUGGCCGCGAGGACGAAGCUCUCUCGGUUCAGGGCUCCAACCAGUGGACGGCUCCCGACGGCACCCCCGUCCAGCUGACCUACGUCGCUGACGAGAACGGAUACCAGCCCCAGGGUGCCCAUCUGCCCACUCCCCCCGCUCCUCAGCCCAUCCCUGAGUACAUCCAGAGGUCUCUCGACUACAUCGCGGCCCACCCUCCCCCACCCUCCAGGAACUUCUAAGUUCUAAGCCAUAUUAAUUAUAAGUUAAGAACACCCAGUACAUCACUGCCAAUAAAACGAUGACUCUAGUCUACUCAAUAACACUGGAGGAAUAAAAAAGUACAAAUAA